AUGUCUGCUCUAUUCAGUUUUCGUUCUAUGUUACAAGUUAUCUUGCUACUGAUUUGUUCCAGUACAUACAUUCAUUGUCAAUGGCCUUCACUUUUAGAUAGAUAUAAAAAUCAUAGUACCUUAGGUGCCUUUUGGAAAAUGGCUCGUAUUGGUGAACGAGCUAGUCCCUACGUAAGCCUUGCAUGUAUUGCAAUGGCUAUUAGUCAAUUCAAUGAAUGA